UGUAAACAUACGUGUCGAACGCUUCUGAUAGUUCAAUUUUCCUACCGAGAAUUCAUGUCGCUGGUGUAGGGCUCUCUUCUCGUCAAAAAAACAAACCGUUGACAUAUGAUAGUUUAAGAAUAUUGUGGGGUCUACAAGUGACCGACUUUUCCCUAUUAAAUGGCGAUGCACUGCUAGUGAAGUAUGAUGCUAAAGAAGUCAGAACAAAUAUUUUAAGGAAUAAUUCUUCGUGUUAAUAUGGAUAAAAAAUCACGCUUUGAGCUCAUAAAACUUCUAGAGGCACAGAAAGAGCAACAGAAUCGUUAUGAAACAAGAUUUAGAGGUGAGGAAAUUUUUUGAAGUUUUAUUUAGAAUGAUAUGUUUAGGUGAAUGAGUAUUCGACAGUGAUCGAUUAGUACAUGUACUUACACUAUCACGUUGUGUGUCGUAUUGUAUCGAAGUGCAAUUCGUUGCAGCGAAUAGCAGUAAAAUUGAUGAAAAUACCAAGAUUGAUUUAACCAGCAGCGAUUGUGACAACAUUGCUUGGCACAGUGAGCAGAAUAGAUAAUGUUAAAUGAACGAGAUAUAAGAUCAUGAAUCCAAAACAGGAAAGACAUUAAGCACAGCUGAGUUAGUAUUAAGUAUAGGGUGAUGACUGAAACCAAAGAUCAAUUAAAAUAUACUUGUUGAGAUAAUGUGGGCCCAUUUUCUUAAGGCAGUUUUGUGAUGCAGGUCACCAAUAAUGAUAAGUAAUUUCCUGUAUAUGAGCUGAAACUGCUUGAAAUAUAUGCUCUGGGCAGGGGUUAUCAAAGACUGACUGUAUUUAACGUUUUAAUCCUUAACUCCCAUGGUUUAUAGUCAAGUCGCUGGAAGUUAUGUGGCCCAGAACCUGGGUCAUGUUGCCCAAAACUUUAGUUGCAUUGCCCAAAAAGUGAAGUUGCCCUAUUUUUUUUAUCAUUUGUAAAAACACCUGUCUAUUCAAAGUCUUUGUGGUGUUGUUAGAAAUCAACACUGCCUUAGUGAUAAAGUUUCUCAAGUUUGGCAAAUGUUUGUGAGUAUGAUACAAGUGAAUACCAAACAGACAGUGCAAUGCUGCAUUUUGUUGUUAUAGAAACAAGCAAUACUUCACUUUGUCGUUAUAAACAAGCAACGCUUUUACAGUUGUUACUCAAACAUAUUUCAAUUCUGAUCGUAUGAUAGAUUUCUGUAUAGUCAAAGUCUUCAUGGUGUUGUUAGAAACCAACAGCACUUGAGUGAUAAAGUUUCUUAAGUUUAUGAAAUGUCCUUGAGUAUGAAACAACAUGUACAUACCAAAUGAACAACACUUCAUUUUGUUGUUAGAAACAAACAACACUUUUAGAGUCAUGACAAACAUAUUUCCAUUCCAAACAGUGCUUUAGUGAUAAAUAUUUUCUAACUAUAUAACCUAUUUACAGUCUGUAAGUCUGAUCUUUUGAGCAUUGGGUGACUUUACUUUUUAUUGCGGGUGACAUGACUUACAUUUUAGGCAACAUGACUCAGGUGACUGGUUACAUGACUUUGGGUGAGAUGACUUUCAGGCAACUUGACUGGUUACCACUCCCUUUAGUGUCAAGGACAGAUUUCUCCUUUCAACAACAAUGCAAUAUCAAGCUGAAAAGUAACACGAAUUUAGAAAAGUUUAAAUUAGGGGAUUACUAGUUGAUUUAAUACCAAAUUCUCUAAACUUAUAUGAUAAGAAUUCUAUAUCAGACAGUGCUUUGCUAGAGCAAUGGUUAAUGUUUCAAGAUCUUUCCAGUUUGGCUUGAGGUUUUCAUCCCUUUUGGGACAAAAAAAGGAGUUCUCACUAUAAGUUGUUUAAUCGUAAUUUUAAAUCAGGCUGAUGUCUUUUGGAGAGCUCUGACCAAUGUCCACAAUAUUACUAUUUCCAUCUUCUCUUUAGAUGUUGUCCGUGCCUACAAGAAUCUGUUACAAGAAAAAGAAGCAUUAGAAGCCACUGUCAAGGUUUUAACAAGUGGUAACAGCCAGCCAACAAAAAGUAGUCAGAAAAAUGAACCAACCCAUAGCAGAGAUCAGAAGGAAGUUGUCAAAGAUGAAAUUAGUAGUGAUAAGGCUAGUAAGAGUGUUGGUCUACCAAGUCCUUUGGAAGAAGAUGGUUUUAAGAAAGGAGAGGUGCUGGAUCAUCCCCUAGCAGUUAAGGAUGAUGAAGGAAAUGAUAAAAGUCAAUUACUAUCCAACAAGGUUUGAUGUAAUACAUUACUAAAUACUAAAACAGUGGAUAGUGUUGAAGGCACACUCUGAUUGGCUACUCAAACUUAGAACAUCCUUUGCUCUUCACCUCUGGGCAACUCACAAGGGAUUUGCACCCAGAAAUAUUUUAAUGGCUGUAGUGACAAAUGAGUUAAAAUCAUCUUCCUGUGCAAUAUUAUCUCACUCUUUUAGUAUAUACUAAAGCAACUUUUAGGGCAGGGGGUAUUCACCUCAGUGUUAGUGGCUUGCAGUAGAUAAUUAACUCGUGGCUUCAUGGCUCACUAAAUAUCUACCACAAGCCACCUCCACUUCAGUGACUAGUUGUUAAAUAUUAAAUUGUUUGAUCCCAAGAGUAAAAAUUGGUAACGUAAGGUAAUUUAAUAGGCUAGAUUGGUCCUGAAAAGAGCUUUAAUUUAUCCUUUAAAGUGGCUGUUUUUUUUGUGUAAGUUUAGUUACCAUAUUUUCAAACAGAUUGAACACUUAACAAACACUUAUAAAUAAUCAACACUUAACUAGAACUGAGAGAUGCUGUUGCUUCACAGUUAACUCUUUAACUCCCAAGAUCUAGUUGUUAAUUCUCCCAUCUGGCUGCCAUGCAUUUCUCUGUAAAAAAGGUUACAAGAGUUUGGUGUUCAAUCAAGAUUAUGACUUCUACCUGAUUGGUUUGAAUAUUCUCAUCACCUGUUUUGCUGGAAAGUGUUUGGAAAUUAUGGGGAGAAGUUACACAUCAAUCAUCUCUGGGAGUUAUAGGGUUAAUGCACAGGAUUCCAGGUCAAGAGGUCCAGGAUUGAGACUUAGGCGGGUUUUUAUGUUGUUUCCUGGGCAAGAUACCCUUCUCUUACAGUACCUCUCUCCACCUAGGGCCCAGUUCUUCAUAGGGUAGAUAAUGCUAUCCAAUGGAUAAAUCACUAUCCAGCAUAUAACUAAACCCUUAACCCAUGAUACCAAGACAUAUACUAUCCAACCAGGAUGAGAAUAAAUAUAAAUUGGAUAGUGUCAAUACUAAAUUUUCCAUUAUAAGAAUAACCAAGGCCAAAUUUGGGGAGUUAUAAAAUGAGUACAAGCCAACUGUCCUGGAGUUAGCAAUAAUCCCUGUAGCGUAACCUGUUAACCCUUAAGAGUGACUAGCUUCUAUCAUUUCUCCUUACAGUAUCACCUUGAAUCAAAUGCAAAGGUCAAUUGAGAAUAAAGGAAAUAAUGACCAAUUUAAGAAGCCCCUGAUUGUUGAACAAAUUCUCCUUGUCAGUUGUAUAGGAAAUGUAUAGAGAUCAGUGUGGAGAAUAUGAAUACUGAUGUUAGGGUGUAAAGGGUUCAUACUGCAGAAACUGGGAUAAGCUCUGGCUGGAUGGGCCCCUUGGCAUGAGCACAAACUCUUUUUUUUCUUCAAGUAGAACUGAACUAGUGCCAAAAUUUAUGAAGUAACUGCAAAUUGAUAAAUUUCCUAACCUGGUAUAAAGAGAUAAUUAUUCCUUUUGGCUUUGCACUCAAACAACAGCUAUUGCAUGAUAGAAUUUCACCAGGAGUACUGAGUAGUCUGUGCACUCUGGUAAAAAAAAUUAGUUAUGUUUCAGUCCAGUAAUGCAUCUUUAUAAUAUCUGUCUGAAUUUGUGUUCAAACAGAAGAGCUUUACUUCUAAUUUUGUAAUAAGUUUGUCUUGUCUUCUUAAACCAGGAAGACAACUCAUCUGAACAUGGUGAGUUGGAAACCCUGCAAGAGAAGAUAGUAACUCUUACAACAUCACUUGCCACUGUUAUGGAGCAGAAAUCAAAGAUGGAAGCCAGCUACCAGGCUGAUAAAAAGAAAAUGAUGGUGUGUACAUCCUUAAGUGCAGGGACAUAUCUAAGGGGGCUUCUCAGAUACAUUGAACACCUAUCACUUUUGUGUGUUUCACAGUCUUGUUAGGAAGAAGAUCAACUACAUUACUGCUCUUGUGAACUGCAGCAUUACAUUCCUUUGACAUGCAUUUGCUAAACACCCACACUGUACAUUGCUGCACUCACCCACAUGUAAUAAAAAAUACACACAAGAGUGUAACAUGCAUGUAAAUUACACUAAGUCAGUCAACAAGUACUCAUGAAUUGUCUGUAGUAAGACAAAAGGGCAAGCAUCAAGAUACUAAAUGGUUUCUUUAAAACUAUUUCAUCCAAUGUGUCCUCCAUGAUUAAAGCAUCAUCUUGUAUUUAUUUGAAAUCUAACAAUUGUAGCAAGAACAUGAGGCCAAAGUUACAGAGUAUGCAGAAGAAACAGAAAAGCUGAAUAAGAAUGUGGAAACACUUGAAGAACAACUUCAGGAGGUCUGUACGAGAAAAUGCUUCUCUGUUUAAGGAAGAAGUAUGCUACAAAAAGACUGAAUAUUGUUAUCCCUACUACCAAAAAUAAUAGUCAAAAUUAUGACACAUUUUGAUUUCCAAAAGAGUAACCUACCUUUUCCAAGAUUGUCUUUGAAUGUGUGUAACAUACAACAGUUGAUGCCAAAACUUUAAUGUUUUUAGUAACCUGGGCACUGUGGCACAGUGAAGUCCCACAGACUCCUCUCUUUUUCCAUCACUUGAUUGUCUGUUUAAACAAUUAGGGGCUGCACAAAAAGGUGUUCUUCAGAUGCAGUUUGUGACAUCAAUUUAUAAUGACAUAACUUGACAGGAGUGGCAUGUAGCUUUUUACAUGUAACUAAACAUGUAUGUAGUGACAUAUGUAAAUUUUUUAGUGAUGCAGUAAGGUAGUCAAGAAAAAAAAUCAAUCAAUGAUCAAUUUCAUUCAUCUGCCCACAGCUCAAGCUGCGCAUGAGACAUGAACAGCAAGCUCGUGAAGAAGAACAAAACAACCAUGUCCUCAUGCUGCGUGAACUUCAAAUGCUGUUGUCUACAGAACGCUCCACGAAGGAAGAUCUUGAACAACAGUUAGAAGAUGCCAAAGAACAGAUUGUACUAUCAAAAAAGUUACCUGGUAGCAAAACAGAGGAAUAUGAAUGUCAGAUUGCCCUGCUGCAGCUUGAGUUACAAGGAGUUCAGAAGAGGUUGAAGGAAGCAGAGCAAGCUUCCACAAGACCUUCGCCCCUACUGAUUCAGUUGCAAGAGGAAAUGUCCAAGAUGAAGAAGGAAAAUGCUGAGGCUGUCAUAAGGGAGCAGAAGAGAGCCAAUGAUGCUGAAGAAAGGUUGAGGAUUAUUACAAGUUUAGAAGAGUGUAGAGUAGCAGAUUUGGGUAUGUAAUGAAUUAAAUGACUUUUAUGGGGUACUUUACUACCUCUAACUCCUAAGCAGACUGCAUUCCCCUCACUUUUUCCUAUUUAUGGUCAUAAAGACUUCAAGAGGCAAGGAAGAGGUGAAAGGGGAUGGGGGCAUAGACCACACCUGAACAAUUCUGUUUAAAAUGAAGACUUGGUUGAGCAAAUGUCCUAUGAAGAGAGAAAUUUUUUUUGCCAACUUUGAACACUAUCACAUUCCAACUCCGAAGCAGAGAAAAAUAAAUCACAAUCCAUUUUAGUACAUGUACAAUCAUGUAAUAUUUUUGAGGAAAAAGGGGUUAUUUUAUAUUGAAGCCUUUUCUUGUGAAGGAAAAUGAGAAAUAUAGGUACAUCCUUUGUCAAUAGAUCUAAUCAAUGAUAAUAUUAAUACUAUAAAUAAUAAUGAUGAUAAUUAUUAUAAUAAUCUUCACAUAACUGUUACAUUUACCAUUAGUAUUUGUACAUUCUCAAUAUCCUUAUUGCUUUAAUUCACUAUUUCUUGUUGCUGAAUAGAGGUGAAACUCUCUGAGUUGUCAGAAGUUGUUGGCAAUUAUGAAAAGCUCAGACUACAAGACCAGCAAGCUAUACAGAAACUGAAAGAUCGUUUGCAGAAACUAGAUUCAGAAAAUGCCACGUUAUCAAGACAGCUAAGUAUAGAUGAGAAUCAGAUGCCAGACAAUGAAAAAGAACUGAGAGAAAACGAAACACCAGAGGAAUUAAAAAAGCAAGUUUUUAAGUUGAAAGGAUUACUCAAGAUUGCUCUUAAUUCUUCUGAUACACCAAUGAAUUUAGGUAAGUAGUAUUUCUAGAUGAGAGCAUAAAAUUAAGCACAAAUUUGUUACUUGAAACGUGAAUUUUGCAGUAAGGCUAGGAGAGGUGAGGUCUGAGGUUUUCUCUUUUAAAUUCGCGACGCGUGAAAUACUACACGUGAAGCGUGAAUUUUUCUAAAAUUCGAGCGUGAAACGGGAUCAGGGCCCCUUCUCUUUGUCACCCUCUACAAUGUUAAACCCUGACUAAGGUACUCAGUUGAUAACUGGGUUCCAUGUUAAACAGGGCAAAAAUGAAGGUAUGAUUUUGACCCACUUUUGAAUUUGCUUUUGAAUUUUUUCUCUUGCUUUGUCUUUCCAUUUAACGAUUUCUGAAAACGUUUUUGAAUAUUCUGUUGCCCAGUGUGUGAGGCUUUCCUAAAGGAGAUGCCUAAUGUUUAACCUUUUAAACCCUAAGAGUGACGGACAUCUAAUUUCUCCAUACUGAAAUACUUCUGAAUCAUUCAUUACGAUCAUGAGAAUACUGGAAAUGGUCGCCAACUAAAGAAAAUCUUGAUUGAACGAAUUCUCCUCGUCAUUGCCAAAGAAAAUUUAGAGAGAAGAGUUUGGAAAAUAUGAAUACUGUUGUUAGGGUUUAAAGGGUUUCUGGGUAAGCAAUGUUGUCAUGGAACUCUCAGAUUCUUUCAGUUCGAUGGAUUGGUAAGGAGUGGGUAAACAUCAUUUUGAUAUUUUGUUUUUUUUCUCUUCUCUUCUCUUCUCAAAAUUAGAGGAGCUAAGCAAGUCAGAGUUAGAGUCCUUCUUUGCCAACGACCCGUCUCACAAGGUUUGUGAACAAGAGCUGCGCCAACUAAAAGAAGAGUUUGAACGGUAUAAAGUAAAAACACAAGCCCUACACAAGAACAAAUCUUUUAAAGAACUAAGUGAACAGUUGGAAAAUUUGGAAACAUUAAAGAAACGUAACAGGGAUUUGGAACAGCAAACUGAAGAGUUAAAAGAUUUGGGCAUUGAAAAGGAACGGGAUCAUAAAAAGGUGAUCUCCAACCUACGAGAUCAAGUCAAAUUACUGGAAGAGAAACACAAACGUGAACAAGAAGAAACAAGUACUGUUUACAAACAAAGACUUGAGGAACUGGAAAGACAGGUUUUAAAUCAAAGGGAAAGAACUCUUGCUCUAGUGGCAGAAAAAGAUUCAGAGAUUGAGACGCUGAGAAGCCGUAGUCCUUCAAGUAGUCCUUCAGUAGAGAAUGUGGGUAAAACAAGGCCAGUGUUUUCUUACCCGAGAAAGUUUGUGGAGGUGAGCAGUGGGUCCCAGGCCACUUUGGACUCUCCCCAGUCUUCAGAUGCGGAUGUAGCUGUUCAUCAACUUUUAUCCAAGCCUUCUGGGGUACGUGUGUUUAACUCAUCCGCAAAAUUAUUUUAGUUGAGCAAGGAAUUAUUUAAAAAAAUCUAGAACAUUUCAAAAGUAAUGACCAUUCGAGUUCUGUGAUAACACACGAUAUUUCUUUAUUUUCCUUUCUGUUACGUUUCCCAAUAAACUGAUGAACUGAAUGGAACGUGAUUUUUAGGUCAGCAACAGUGAAAGCACAUUAGUACAUUACGCUCAACAACAAGCCAGAAGGGAUGCAGAAAGCGUUGCGAUACGACGUCAGAAGAACGAGUUGGAGGCGUCCCUGAGGGAUGCUGAACUAAGGUUGGUGUAAAUUUUUAGGUCGCAAGUCGAGAUUAGUCAUGCAUUUGCAGUAAGCUGCUAAGUCAGUUGGGCUUUUACUGCACUGAACCCUUUGCCAUAGGAUUAUUUUAUUCCUCUUUCCCGCCAGGUAGCCCCAUUGAUAAUAUUAUGUGAACUUAUUUUUUUCAAUGGUGGUACGUGUGUUAAAUCUCUUGAAGAGCACGAUAUUUCUCUUAAGAAUGACUUCAUAUCAUGCAUUCUCCUAUUGGCUUGUGUGUUUCUGAACAAACUGUAGAGCGAAUGCAAGCAAACUAACUACAUGACAGCAUGUCCCGAAACAUCCUGUUUAUGUAAGCGUUUCUAAGCAACAUUGAUUGUUUUCUUUUGAAAGAGGUGAAAAGCUGAUUGAUCAAACCAACGUUCUUAAGGAAGAAAUCAGAAAAUUGGAAAGAGAUAGGUAAGUUUUGUCCUUUCUAAGUGGAUCGUUAAUGUAAAACCUAGAUUGAUGUAGUGUGUAACAUUCCCAGUAUUUCCAAAAGGUAAUAGUAAAAGGAGACACAAAAACUGGGAAGGAAGUAAUAAACCUUUUUACGAUAAAAUAAUCGUAACUUGGAUAACAGAGGGAUGUGCAUCUAUUGGUUGCUUUUAUUCUCACAGUGUCGUUCUACCGAGGGGAUGGGGUGGGUGAUCUGCAAUGAACUUGCAAACAUCCUUGAAAGGGAUUUUUACUCAUUUUGUCAACCUGCGGGGCGUUCAUUCACUUUUUACCAAAACAUAAAACUAACGUGCUGGGCAGAUGCAGCAUUAUUUCCAGGAAACUUUACGUCAAGGGUGCGAUAUCCGUUUAACAAGUUGAAUUACGAACUGCUACUAAAUAAAUGCUCGUUUGCUUUUUUUUUCAGAUCUCGCGAGAGUGCCAACUUGGAAUACCUUAAGAAUAUCGUGCUUAGGUUUAUGAUGAGCACCAGUUACUCUGUCAAACAGCAGAUGAUCACUGCCAUAGCAACCGUUUUGGAAUUCAGUCCCAAAGAGGUAUUUUCACAUCUUUCCCUUGAAAAAAUAUAACAACAAUAGGAAUGUGUAGAGCAUCGUCCAGUUUUGUCUUUUUUUUCCUUUUUUUUUAUUUAAACAAGAAAGCACGUAGCAAUUUGUUUCGUUUAACGCACAGAACGAGCCAUUUUUUGGGUUUUUUUUUUUUUUUUUUUUUUUUUUUUUUUUUGGGGAAGGGGGGGGGGUUUGCGAAGCUAGGGAGAGGGCUUACUUGUCGUCUAUCUGCACGUUAGCCAUACGCUCCACUGACUCAGGUCCAUUGUGGGGUACCUUGCUCUCAAAGCGUUGAUAAAAUUAGGAGGGCCUCUCGUGCAUUGAAUAUAAGAUCGUCAUUUGCUGCCCGUGUCCCUCUUCUUUGUGCCUUUUAUGCUUGUGCGAUUUUUUUUUUUUUUUUUUUUUUUGAGACUGAAUUGAUAUUUUGUCGUCUCAUUUAAGUCGAGGGUAGUUUUGCACAGCGCCAAAAGUGACUCAGAAUAUCAUGACUGUUUCGUUAACGUGUGAUUUUUGUUUGUUUGUUUGUUUGUUCUACCUUACGGCAGCUGAGUCAAGUGAGAAAAGUCCAGUCAGCUUCGUGGUGGCCCGGAACAUAAAGUGGCGGCCAACCUCAUCGGUAACCGCCCUGCUUGGGGAGGAAUUAAAAUUUCAAAAAUGAUCCUAGUAAUUUAGUCUCGCACCCAGACCUUCCACGGCUAAGCGGUAGGAUUUGGGUACGAGAUUACUAGUACGUAAUUUUCUUUAAAGAGUAUUUUAUUACAGGGGUGGGGAGGGGAACAAUUAUUUUUCAGGAAGUCAAAUAUAUAAUAUAUAUUCAUGUUUUCCAUUUGUACGUUAAACGAUAAACAAUCGGUUACAAACAUACUCCCUUUGAGUGAAACUCUCCUAAGUUGUGAUAAAUCGAUUCGGAAUUCAUCGUCCUGCUCACUGGAAUUACUAGAUGCAUUAGUCAGCCCGAGUUACUGAGGUCUUUACUGUAUGGGAAACGGUUUCGUGCUGUCAUCUGCAAAGAACACAGAUGCGCCCAGGUGUUCCCAAGUUUUAACUCGCAUAUCGACCCGUUGAUUUCACGCGUUAGUUGUUGUCGUUGUCUUGUCAAGUUCUACCUUUACGGUAGACUGCGAGCAGUCGCCCCUUUUCGGCGAAGACUAUCGUGCGAGUGAAAAAGAAAAAACGAUUGAUGUCAGCAAAGCGCACUCCUAGAAAUCCGCGCGGUGCACUAACCCCACUUUUAUUUUUUUCCCCGUUUAUUUUCUUGACUCGCGCGACGGACCUCGCCGAAAAGAAGGGAAGUGCUUGUAGUGUAGUUAUACGACAUUUCACGAGAAAACCACACACGUAAAUUUUUUAAAUACCGUUUAAAUAAUUGUAUCACUAGGCAGUGGGGA